AUGUCUACCUCCUCUGUUGGCCAAUUAUUAUUCACAAAAUAUGUGCCGCCUGCGGCAACUGUUCUUGUCUUAUGGGACCAUUGCCUGACGCUCGAUGAAGAGCUAGCAAUAAUGUGGAAGUUUCCCAAUGGACAGAUCCUUACAAGGGCGGUCUAUAUCAUGAACCGUUACUUCACGGAAAUGGUAAUGCUAUAUACGGCGUAUGUCUUCGCUGGAUUGAAAGGACCCAUAGCUAAUAAGGUCGGUGUCUGGCGCUUCCGUGAUGAACUGAAGCUAAUUAUAGGAUUAGGACGCGCCUAUCAACUGUUGGACCACAAGCCGACUGUUCGCAAGUUUUUUCUUGCCAUAUUCGUUGCCUGCAUUGCAGGCACAUUCAUUUUAUCCGUCGAAACAGCUUUGACCCUUGUGAAGACACAAAUCGUUCUGCCCCCCAAGGAAGCAGUUUGCACAGUUUACGGAGUACCGAAGACAACACCCUCCCUGAUGGGUACAUUGCUACUAUUUAACCUCUUUGUAACAUUAGUCUCCUUCUACAAUGCUUUGGAAAGACCACGCCGUUAUGAAAGUGAAGUUUUUGAUUCACUCUGGCGCGAUGGCGCAAAGAUUUACUCGAUUGUCUCCCUUCUAUGGACACUGCUUCUUAUCAGCUCUGUUUUUGCAGAGAUGACGGUGUUCUUCCCUAUUUUGAUCCUCGCAUGGUCUGUGAAGGCUAAUCUUACCUCUCGGAUGCACCUUCGCAUUGAAAGUCUGAGACUCUCCGACAUCGCACAUCCUAUCACGAUGUAUACAGCACAGGAAGGUUAAAAUUUGGCAUAUAUCUGGAACAGUAUUGCUCUUCUUAGUGCACUUAACGAUUAUCAUACGUACAGCAAUAAUAGACGUUAUUCAAUUGUUCCCUGUAGAGGCCCGAACCAGCUGCUCUUCGACGUGUUCGCGCGACAAUCCAUCGUCUGCAUGGUUGUGGAAGCAGGUUGGGCUACAUGCUGUCAUGUUGUCUGAUAGGUACCGUGAGCG